GUUUUGUUUCUCUUACAGACCUGAUGUGAUUUAAUCGCAGUUCGAUGCUACGGUAAAACGCUUUGUGGGACAUCUGUGUGUCCAGCAGAGCGACUGCUGUGUCUUUCACAGAUCAUUGUGGUGUUCUUCAGUUGUUCCUCUGAGCAGCGUCCCGUGGAAUUGAUUGGCAUGGCUUUGGCUAUUUGAGUUUGCUCUUUGCAGUUUGGCUUCUGACUGUAAUUUCUUCUUUUGCUGUUAUGUUCUGUUUUCUAGUGACUGCGCAGCGAAAGACAUGGCAGCCUGGAAAUCUUCUGGACAGAGGAUGUUUUCGUGUUCCUCUCCUGUGGCGGGCAAGCCUAGUGCUUCAGGCUUUCGAGAGAUCUCCCCUGAGGAGGGGCGCCUGGAGUAUUAUAACUGCCGUGCGAAGGAGAGCACUGGAUACUACCCGUCUCGGAGAAAGAAUGCGGCCACCCAAGCGUUGCCUUCUCUUGGAUUGGGAGGACAGCAAGCCCCAAGCGCUGGGUUCCCAAGUGCUGGAACCGCCAAGGCAGCGACAGGAACUUCUCACUCGGGUGCAAGCAGUGCUUCGGCUGCACAGACUGCCGGUGCCUCUGGACACGACGCCACGUCCGCGCCUCCUGCAUUCCCACACGGCAUCAGACCAGGCCAGUUAUGUUCACCGAGGGGCGAAUCAACAGCCCAAGAGCUGGAGCAGUUCAAAGCCAAGAAGUCCACGCCGGGAAAGGUCCCUCAGAAACCAGCACUCGCAGACCUUUUACGUGGCUUACCGUGUAAUGUAAUGUAGUUCUGAAGUUAUACGUCUUAGUUGUUGUCCUGUGACUCUUCCAAUAAACAAUGUUGUGAUGGA